AUGCAACGCUUUGCCGGGUCACGCUUCAUCGCCGCGGUUGCUGCUCGUUCAUACCCCCGCUACAUGUCAAGCGACGAAGAUUCAAGUGACACGAAGCACAAGGUGAACCUUGAUGACGACGACCGCUGGAUCGAGGCAGAGUUCGAUGAGAAGCUACGUACGCCGGAAGAGCGCUACGCUCACGAGCGCCAGCGUGAGAUCAUGAAAUCUCUCAUUAAGAAGGUGCGUGUCGACCACCACGAGAAGCUCAAGUCUGCAGUUGACGAGCGCAAUCAGAAAAUUGAUUCCAUUAAGGAUCAAAUAGCAGAGAUGGAGAAGAAGCUGCAGGAUCUGACGAAGGCCAAGUAA